UCACAUUUUCUUUGUACCCAGCGCCGCGUGAACUCUCCCGUGCGUCGUCACCGCCGCCAUGUGCCGCCCCUUUGAGAUCGAAUCCAGGCUUAAUGUGAGCCACCUGCUCCCGGGGUUCAACGUUCCCCAACAACAACAACAAACCUUGUAUGCCAUGCCCAAGCCCGCCGCCGCCAUGCCGUUCAUGUUGUCGUCGUUCAAACCUCCGCAAUUCGACGUCAUGACGACCGGCAACUCCAACUUUGACUCGUUCGAGGACCUCCUCGACUGCUCCAUCCUCGACGACGACUCGGACCUUCACCUGAACGUCGGCGACGAGGAUUUCGACCCCACGGAACUCGCGAUCCUGUCCAAGUACGUGGAAGACAUUCCGCUCGACAACGCCGACAACAACAUGAAGACCGAAGUCCAUGUCAUGGACCAACAUCCUGGCAUGGUCACCCUGAACCUGCUCGAUGACAUGAGCUUGGAUCUGAACAUGUUGUCGGACGAAGACAUGCUGCUCACCAACAUGCAGCUCAAGGCCCCCAUCGACAUGUCCAUGAACACCGGUGCGAUGAUGACCUCGGACCCCUGGACCAACCAAACCUCGUCGUGCACGUCCGACGACCACCACCACGACGAAGAAGCCGCGUUCCCGUUCAAGAGCCGCCGCUUCUGCUCGGUCGAUGGAUGCGACAAGCGCUCCCGGUCGCACGGCCUGUGCAUCGCCCACGGCGGCGGGCGCCGCUGCGCCGUGGACGGCUGUGGCAAAUCGAGCCAAGGCGGAAACCUCUGCAUCAAGCACGGAGGCGGCAAACGCUGCCAAGUCGACAAGUGCGACAAGGCCGCGCAAUCGAACCUCCUCUGCAAGAUGCACGGUGGCGGUCCUCGCUGCCUCUUCGCCAACUGCCACCGCAGCUCGCAAGGCGGUGGAUUCUGCCGAACCCACGGCGGCGGCAAGCGCUGCCUCUUUGAAUCAUGUGACAAGGGCACGCAACGCGGCGACUUCUGCGCGCUUCACGGCGGCUCCCGCCUUUGCGGUGUCUCUGGCUGCAUGCGCAACGACCGUGGCGGUGGAUUCUGCGCUACCCACGGCGGUGGCAAGCGCUGCUCCGAGGAAGGCUGCCAGAAGCCAUGCCGCCGCCAAGGCAUGUGCUCCACCCACCUGCGCUUGUCCGGCUCAGCCUAAGCGACGACCUGCUCCUCAUUUUGGGUCGUUGGGACGGAGAUGGAGUCAAGAUUCAGCGUGUUUUGAGUUUUGUGCUUCAUUCUCCAUGUAAAGCAUUGGACAAAUAUGCAUUUUUGUGUUGCGUUUUGAAGCGAGGUUAUGAACAAUAAUAUUUAUUCAAGAACUGUAUGGAAUUCAAUAAUACAAUUGGUUUUUUGUAGUCGUAAUGUGCACCAAUCAGAUCGUUGUAUGUCGUAUGUGGCCAGCCAAAUCAAUCUUUCACGUGACAAAUGUCCGAAUUCUGUAAAACCGAUGACAAAUCUCACCAUGGGAUUUGAUUGGCUUUCUCGAUUCUGCACAAUAAAAACAAUAAAAUAAUGGAGCCAAUCAUCGACAAGUACUGUCAGAGUGACCCAAUGGGAGCGAUCCGUACCAAAUCAAUAUCAAAAUCGUCCAUUCAGCCAAAAUUUGGAUUUGUGUGCUGGUUUGGUCAAAAUCAC